AUGAUACGCAGACCGAGAAGGCCUUUCUGGACACUUGACGCGCAUCGGAUACCAGUGUUGUCGCUUUAUAGGACACUUUUGAAAACAGCAAAACGUUUUGAUAAGGACAUCCACAAAAGAUUUCUAUACUUUUCAUUAAGAGACAAGUUUAGAUCCCGGAGACACGAAACUUCUCUCCAAAAAACGGCCAACUAUCUGAAGGAGGCAGAAGAGUGUAAGUCACUUUUAGAGAAAGCUCUAGAUGGUGAUCAAGAAUCUAUACAGCAUAUUGAUGAUCUCUCGUGGGGAAGAAAAGGGAGAUUGAAAGAAGUUUUGGAUGUGGUAAAUUACCUUACUCUUCAGCUCCACAAGUGGAAAGGACCCAAACAUCACCCAUUUGUGUAUGACAUUCGCGUCCUGUCUUCACGCAAACAAGAUUCACACCCAGCUUAUAGAAUAGCCAUUGAUCCGUGUGUUUAUACCCCUCCCCCGGAACCUCUAUUACCACAAAGAAUCAAGCGAAAGAAAAAACGUCCGCGUAGACCCGUUAUAAGAUAUGAUGUAAUUACGUCAUUGGGCUAUCGUCUAUGGCGGGUACGUGGAUGGGAACAGCCAGCAUGGGUCUCAAUGAUGAUGAAUAAAAGGAUUAGACAGCAUCAAAAGAGGUUAGAUAGAUAUCAGGAACUACAAGAACAGCUAUCUAUGGUUGUGCUAGAGCAACGGAUGAUGAACCAGCUGGGAGUGCCAGAUGAAGCUGAAGGAUUUGAUGAACUUAUCAGAAAGGAAUUGAAAGAGAGGAAAUUAUUGCAAGAAAGUUUUCUCAAAGCACAAAAACAAAAAUCUCAAAAUGAGGAAAGAGACAUCAAUGUCUAA